GUAAAGUCCAUCGGCAUGGUCUACAAAGUCGACGUUAGAGCGAAGCCAAUAAUCGACUUUAGGAUAAAUUUCACCGUUGAUCGGAGGAACUACGUCUAUUUACGGCGAACAAAAUUGUAACACAAGAUACCACUUCACGCUGCAACCAAUCAAUUUAGAACAAUAGCCACACAUCUACCAUCCACAUGCCAUUUCACCCAUCCAUCCACAUUGUCAGUACCGGUACGUUCAUCCAACCAGCGUCUAACCACCUUGGUCCAACCAAAACGCUGCACCAUAUCUGUUUACCAACAUCUGGCCAACAACCUGUUAAACAAGAGGAAAGUGUGGGGCAGAGAAUAAGCCAAAUCUACGGCACUUAGUGUUUCAACAAAACUUUGUCAUCAGCACAAACCAUCGCACCAUCUCCGCCUGCCAACGUCCAGCUGACAUCUGUUAAAAAGGAACAAGUGAAAAGCAUCCCAACAGCGCUGAUUUUCGCCAUUUCAUCCAAAUCGCUCUACAUAUUUGUUAACAUCAACAUCCACCAUCCAUUUGAUUUGACCUAACUCGUACACAGUCUAUUUUCACCAGUUGGGCACAGUAGACUCGUCUGGGUACCACCAUAGCGGCUGAUUACAACGGCACCAGAACAAACCUUCAGUAGCGAAUCCAACACUCAAGCAACACAGACUCAAACCCGUCACCAUCUUUCCCGAGCGCACCAUUUACAGUCGAUUUCAGCCACCACCAACCGUACGGAGAGAUACCAGGAACAUGGACAUUUCCGAGUAUAAGGCGCCCACUAACAUUCGCCAAUGCCUUUUGUGUGAGCGAUACCACUCAUUAAGAUUUUGCAGGGAAUUCUUGAAUAUGGAUGUUGGUCGUCGGCGCAGAGAAGUGAGGCGGCUAGGGUACUGUCUGAACUGCUUGGCUCGCUCCCACAAAUCUUGGGAAUGUACGUCUGAGGUCGCCUGCCGAGAGUGCGGAGGGGAGCACCAUACACUAUUACAUAUUGAGCCGUUGCCUCGCCUCACCUUGGCUCAAAUGGACAAGGGACGGGUUGCAGCCGACUUAAGCCGUCUAAUAAAAAACCGGCAGUCCACCGAGCAACGCGGGAGACAUGGAGAAUCUAAGACAAAGGAACGCUCAGGUGAUAGAAGUAGACAUGAUCGCAGGCACAAACAGACGAACCGAAAUCCAAAAGUCCCAGCCAGUCGCCAAAAUGUCUCACAGCCCCGCAAAAUAUUGGAAACGGCUAUGAAAGCCCUGCAACGACUUCAAGAUGCCCUCGUGUGAAAUGAAUUUGGCCAUAUUGGCCAAGGCCGGGAGGAUGUUGAGAAGACUAACGCGUUCACCAGUAUUAUUUAGUUUUUAACAACCUUUUUCAUAUUUUUUCAUUGAAUUUAUAUUUUUUCCAUUGAAAUAUGAUACACGAAUUAACCUAUGUUUAAGAUACAACCAUGAAUUUAAGAACUCAAAAGUAUUAUAAAACCAGUAUUAUAAUUGGCCAGCUGGCAACUUCUUUUUCCAUUUUUUCCCUUGUGCCUUAGAGCCGAGGUGUCUUGCAUGCUAUGGCAGCGACCCUCGACCUCUUUUGCUCCAGCCCUUCACACACAACGCAUCUCAUUUUUCUCCAAUAAAAAUACGAAUGUAAGUCUGAAUUCGAA